AUGCCGUACUGUGACCGCGAACACCAAACGCUCGAUCUCCCAUGGCACCAGGCUACCUGCAUGGCGGUCAAGAGAUCUUGUAUCUGGAUGGAGCAGAUAGAAGGAGUGUUGUGCUAUCAUGGUCAUACAUUGUUUAUCGACGCGAAUCAACCCAGCGGGUGGCAUCAGACGCCAUGGUACAUGACAGCACGGCUGAAUUUGAUUCAUGCCCUAUCUCGGAUCAAGCAUGUUGAAUCAGCUCAGGCACAGCUUCGCCACUUCAUGGAUAUGCUCGAAUUAUGCGGCUAUAAUCAUGCGGGCGAAUGGGCAGGAAUCCCGGCCUUGAUGCUUCGUAUAAACAAGGAUCAGGAAUGCUAUGAUUUCGUGAAAUGGUGGCAUACGGUCUGUGGAUCGUACGGCGAUAAUGUGCCCCUUCCAAGCUCUCUGUGCUUCAACGUCACGAACGCUGAUGCUUUCGAACGCCUCGACCUGUUUAGUGACCGUUUUGCCAAUUCCAGAUAUAUCGUCGCUUUAACCCUCCUGAAAGUCAAAUUAUUAUUGGACAUAAGGAAGCUGGAUCAAGUGGUUUUUGCGUUUGGAGCUAUAUUUCCUCGUGAGAUACUUGAUAUGAUUUUGUCAUACGUACCUCGGAGUUCGGUCGUUGCCAGAAGUUGCAGGGCCUUGAAUGAUGAAGCGCGCCAGAAGCUGGUUCACGAGUUAGAGACACAAGUCGACAUUUUGUUUAGGGAAGUUAAGAAGAGGGAUCCUAUCUUAUGGUGGAAGCUUGCGUCUCGAAGUUCUGUUCUAGAUGCAAGGUAUAGCGAGCCCCCGACUUCAUGGCAUGUGAUCGAUACGGUGGCCCUAUCUCUGAUGUUCAAUCACACAGCAUGGCUUGAGACACCAGGGGCGACCGAUUUUAUCAAGGCAAAAUUAGUGGGUAGCGUCUGCAGGUGA